CGUCAUCGUUGCUAGGUGAAUACCACGAUAUCACGAUAUAGUCAAAAGAGUGAAUUCAACUGAUACAAAGAAAGUGAGAGAGAAUAAUAAUGGCUGCAAGUUGUUGUGGAACGAAAAAGCAAAAAUUAAACAAUUCUACAAGUGUUCCAUCAGCCCAUAAUGGUGUCUCUACAAUGAUAAAUGGUCACAAAAAUGGGAUGGUUGCAUUACCAGAAAUGUGUUUUUUCUGUUUUGAUGUCCUAUAUUGUCAACUACAUAGCCUUGACCCACCAAAAACUCCUAGCUUUUGUAAUGAUGCCUAUCCAUUGUUUGUAACAUGGGAAAUUGGUAAAGGACGACGGUUACGUGGUUGUAUUGGUACAUUUAAUGCUAUGAAUUUGCAGUCGGGUCUACGUGAAUAUGCAAUCACUAGUGCCUUUAAAGACUCUCGUUUUAGUCCCAUUACAAGAGAUGAAUUUUCCAAACUUAGUGUAUCUGUGUCUAUUUUAAGACAUUUUGAAGAUGCUUCAGAUUAUUUAGAUUGGGAAGUGGGUACACAUGGAAUUCGUAUUGAAUUCUACAACGAAAAAGGGAACAAAAGGACUGCUACAUACUUGCCUGAAGUUGCACCUGAACAAGGUUGGGAUCAAAUUCAAACAAUUGAUUCUCUGUUACGUAAAGGCGGUUACAAAGCAGCAAUUUCAAAUGAUAUGCGUCGUAGUAUUAAAUUAACACGUUAUCAAAGUGAAAAAGUGUCUGUUACAUACAACGAAUAUAUGAAUCAUUGGAAUACACAACGUUGCUAGCAACGAAUGUGG